CCAAGGGGUUACAAUCUGGCCUUCCAGUACUCGCUCGAGUCCGUAGCGACGGACAUUGCACGUGCAAUGUGGCACGGCGAGGAGUGGUGCAACGUCGUCAGUGCGGCGGUAUGCGCGCACACGAUAGAUCUGUCCAUGGACUUGCCACUGUGGUUCGCCGGCACCAACAUCGAGGACAGACCUGAGGACGACAACAUGGCGGUGUACCAGGAGUCCACUGUCAUCUGCAUUGCGCAUGCAUUCCGCAGGGCGGUGCAAAUGGGUGCGCACAUCGACGGCGAUUUCAUCUCGUACGACCGUCUCUGUCGGGUGGCUGACUGCUUCAGGCUUUUGUUCGCAGCGUGCAUGUGGAUAAUGCGCAUGGCGGGAGACGAUCCGCGCAGCCACUACAAAGCUUUCUACUUAGCGAACCUGCUGGCAAAGCCCACACUCGUCGCGUCCAUGCAUCGCCCUUUCGAUCAUCGACGAUCCGUCGUCCGCGCCGCAAAAGUCGUCACGGAGAGGCUUGGGAAGGUGAACGCUACGUUUGGGGAGUACCCCGACUACAUCCCUGAAUGGGAACCCUACGGCAUUGGUUUCAGGCACGACAUGAGCAUAACGGGGCCGGAGUAUGCGAAGAAGCUAGAUUGGCAGGAGGAGAAAGCAGGGGAACUGUACGUUGCGGCCAUGGGGGAGGAACGCGCUGAUAAGUCAUUCAUAGAGAAAGACAGCAAGAAGACGACGGUGAGCAGGGGAGGAAUAGUUGAAAGGAUCUUGCUAUGCCCGCUCUCCUCAUCGUGUCCUCUCCCUCCUCUUUCUUCUUAUCCUCGCUCGACGAGCGAGCACUGCGCGGGGAUGGCUUCUCCUCCUCAGCAGCAGCAGCCUAACCGAUGCGCGGGGAUGGCUUCUCCUCCUCCUCAGCAGCAGCAGCCUAAGCGAUGCGCUGGGAUGGCUUCUCCUCCUCAGCAGCAGCCUAACCGCUGCGCGGGGAAGGGUUCGCUUCGUCGGCAGCCUGACCGAUGCGCGGGAAAGGCUUCUCUUCAGCCUCAUACUCCCUCUCCUCUGCACGUUCCUCUCCUCUCCUUCUCCCAAAUAGUACUCUUGUGCAGUCUAUUCUUAACCCCCCCUUACAUACCUAUUGCGUCUGGGCUAAGAUGUCAGGUCGAUGAUCAGCAAAGCUGUACUGCUUUUGUAGUCUAUCGCAUCCAGGUCGGCGACAGCAUGCGAGACAUCUGUGACCGUUUCCGACAGUACGAGGGCGUCGUUCUGGUCAUUAACAACAUGACGGAAGCCACCCGACUAACGGUUAACAGAGAGCUAAUCAUUCCUGUUAGUUGCUCUUGCAAUCAGUCGAGGAGCGCACAGGUCUACUGGGCUAGACCGACUUAUCCCGUGCAAGUGGACGACACCCUCGAGAAGAUACAGAACGAUUUGUAUCAGAACCUGACCGCGAUUAGCGAUAUUGUGGAGGUGAACCGGCUGGGGGGUCAGGAUUACCUAAUGGCGGGAUGGACGUUGAGGAUCCCGAUCCCGUGCGCUUGCAACACAUCGGACGGCGGGAGCUUUUCCUCGUUCGUGACGUACGUGCCUGGCUCGACGGGCGAGACGGCGGACGCCAUAGCCGCCAAGUUCCAGACGACCGUGGGGAACAUUCGGAGAGCAAGCAUGAUUGCGGAAGAGGAGGGCGUCGUGGACGUCUACCGGCCGUUGAUCGUGCCCACUAACAGUGUGUACUCUCUAUUUAGCGGCAGCGGCGGCGGCGACUGGGGGAGGUGGUCGUCUGGCGAUGGCGCUGCUGGCGGUCGUCCGUCGUCCUCUAGUGAUUAUAUGACGAGACACGGCUCAGAGUCGGCGGCGUAUCAAUCGGCCACGUCAUCAUCGUCCUCGUCAUCAUCAUCGCCGUCGUCGACGAGGAAAAAUUCUCGCGGGGAAGUUGGCACAUUGGGGUUGUGGAUAUGGGUGAUCGUCGGGGUCGGGAUCUUGGCCGUGCUGGCCGGCGCUUCCGCUCUCACCGUUCGUAUAUUGCGAGAGCAGCGGCCGCCGUCGCCGCCGCUGCCGCCGUCGUGGUGCAAAGAUGUGUCGGGAUCGGGUCCGUGGGCGUUUGGCCGAACUCUCGACCUCAGCGUAAUAUCUCGAAGUCGCAGCCUUUCGUUCUUAGGAUGCCACGUGGCCGGUUCUGAUUACUCCUCCGGCGUUGAGGACAGUAAGUACAUCAGCUACGGCUUCGACAGCCAGCUGGAUAGGCUUCGAGGUGGCGGCGUCGGCGGCGGCGGUCCCGGAGCAGAGCUAUCUGGAAGUGGCGUUGACGUCAGCAGCGGCGGCGGCGGCGCAGGAGGAGGAGGGACAGCGGACCGCGUAGCGAUCGUUUCGUUAGACUCUGCCCGCGGGAAAGCAGUGGACAACAGACAUGCCUUUUCGGUUGACGACAACCGAAGGGGGAAGGUGAUCCCGAUCGAGCUUUAUUCUGAGAAGAUUCCACCGACCGGCGGCGUCGGAGGCGUCGGAGGCGGCGGCGGCAUCGGGACGUUCUCGUACCACGAGCUUGCGCAUGCGACAAACGGGUUCAGUCCGGCUAAUCAGAUUGGCAAGGGUUUGUCGGGGCCAGUGUUUUACGCUAAGUUACGCGGCAGAGAGGUGGCAAUCAAGAGGCUGAAGGUUUCUUGGGGGCCCAAGGAGCUGCGAAAGGAGAUGAAAGUUCUGCGGAAAGUUCACCAUAAGCACCUCGUUGAGCUGAUUGGCUUCUGCGCGGACAGCUCUCUCUUCCUCGUGUUCGAGUACUGUCAUCACGGAUCCCUUAGUGGUAGUCUGCACUCCCCAGCCGUGCACGGGGUCCUAGACUGGCCCACGAGAGCGCAGGUGGCCCUCGACGCAGCCCAGGCCUUGUUAUACAUACACGACAGGGUUCACCCCUCCUACGUGCACGGCGAUGUAAGAUCGGCCAACAUUCUCCUUGACCGGAAUUUAAGGGGUAAAGUUGGCGACUUUGGACUUAAUAAGCUCACGACGAAAGAUGACCUGCAGCGGGGGCGCAGCAGCCACACUGCCGGGCAACUGCGGACCUUAUCUGGUAGAAAUCUUGCCUAUAUGGCCCCAGAAUACCUACAAGAAGGCCACGUGUCGACUAGUGUGGACGUGUACUCCUUAGGAGUAGUCCUUCUAGAACUACUUACGGGGAGAAACGCCGCCGCCUUCACGGUGGAGCAGGGCAGCAGUGGUAUGACCUUGAUUGAGUCUUCAUGUACGUCCUCCGACUGCUCUUACUCCACCUUCUCCUACUCCCAAGGUGCGGACUUCGCAAGCCUACCGUCACUCCCAGCGGCGCUAGUGCUGCUCAUCAAGCAGAUGAAGUCUCCGAAGGAUGUGAAAGCCAUAGCUGAUCCUCGGCUCAGCGAAUCUGGGUAUCCAAAGGAGGCUGCGCUGCAGCUCGCCAGACUUGCGGUGGAGUGCGUCUCUGACAAACCGCAAAAAAGACCUCAGAUGAAACGCGUCGUGUAUGUGAUGGAGGACAUACUUGCCAUGUCGCGACCACGACAUCAACCUUCUGCAGAUACCGCCGAUCCAGAUCCCUAUCAUGUCGCUUUUCCCAGACCGUAGGUACACACACACACACACACACACACACACACACACACACACACACACACACACACAGAGUCACAGAGGAGUUACCAAACGUCCG